AAAAAAUACCAGAAUUCAAGUUCGAAAAGUCAGUUGUUUUGAACAAGUAUUCAGUUGUUGAAGUGCAUGACAAAGAAAAACCCAAUGAAAAUGUUGAAUUACAUACAAUUGAAGCCCAAGGACUAAAUAUCAUCGGCUAAACUAUGAAUAAACGGAGGAUUGCAAUCCAAGGGAUGAACUAUCCCGAAAUGAGAACUGCCAACCUACCAGAUGGACAUUGGGGUAUUCACUCGUCCAUUCACUCGUUUUCAUCAGAAGACAGAGACUCGUCUUUAAUAAGUGCAGACAAAGACUCGUCAAGUUUGAAUGAAGCUCGAGUACUUAGGAGUGUGGACGAUGCCCUUUCGUCAAAGAGCGAUGAUGAAGACGAAAAUGACGACGAUGAGAAUAAUAAUACGAGCCCUACAAGACGAACAGAUGACACUGGUACUCUUUCUUCAUUAAAUGAUGCGCCAAUCAUGGAUCGGCCAGGGCUGCGUUGGAAUGAAGAUAACCAAUCAGGUUCAACCAAGCGGCCCGUGACGAUAACACGUGAACACAACAUGUCAGUAACCAUAAGACCCAACUCAAGUCAAACACGACCACUGGAAAACAAUUUUAAAGUGUUUGUGAUUCUUCCAAACAAAAACGUAUGCACAUUGAAAGACACCAACCCGGGAACAGGUGUUACUCAACUUAAACAAGACAUUGAAUUACUUUCCGGCAUCCCCGGGGAAAUCUACUCAAUUCAGUGCCCCAAUGGUGGCGUUAUCCAAGACAAUACAACGCUUACAUCUAACAAACUUCAAGACGGAGCCAUCUUAAAAAUGUUGCUCCAUUCUGGAUGGGAUCGUCUGUUCAAUGCGGUUUGGAAUGGCGAGACUGGUGCAGUUUAUGCCAACGUUACAAAUCAAAAGAUUAGUGAAAAUGGGGCAAUAAAACGAGUUAUUGAAGAAUGGAAAGCAGUGGCAUUAUACAUAGGGGCCCAUAAGGGUCAUUUCGAUUUGGUCGAUAUGCUUUUGAAACUUGGAACAGAUGUUAACACUACCACACAGUAUGGGAGGACGCCACUUCACGCGUGUGCUUCCCAAGACAAAGUAUCCAUGGCUGAUAAACUUUUGGAAUAUGGUGCAGACCCCAGGCUAGCGGACAACCAGGGUGCUAGACCCGUGAACGUCGCUUCUCGCUUUGGCGCCAAAGCAUGCACCAGGCGUUUGCGUUUAGCGACGUUAAAUCUGAGCUUUACAGAUUCUCAGCGUUUGUGUGACCAGGAAGAUGUCAAACACCAGGAAUCAUCUGCAAUUACAAAUACUAAACAAAAACCAAAGGACAGUAAUAGUAUCGGUGUGUCUCUCCAAAUGAAUAUGAAUGAGUUGCGGAUUUGUAACGGCCCGAAUGGUUCUCUAACUGUACCAUCUUUGAACUGCAUAAAACCCUCAAGAAAACCAACUGUUGUCAUGUGCUACCCUGACUCAAAUGCCGAUACCCAAAGUAGAGACCCGUCCUCAUCUCUCGAUUCACAGGAUACAUCAAAAUCUAGUUCAAUUGAUUUAAGCUCAGUCUCCGAAAAUACACCUUCAUCCUCUCUCGGAAGUAGUUCCGCAUUUACGCUGUCGUCUGUAGAAAGUAGGUCAUCAAGUGCAAGGUCAUUUACAAGGUCAUUGUCCUCCGAUGGUGAAGAUGCCUAUAGGAGACAAAUGGUGACACCCACUGGUCGACCAUUUAGUGCAAUGAGUCAUACACGGUCAUUGACUGACAGUAUUGAAGGUGCAACAACGAUUUCCAGAUUGCCGCUACAUCCAGGACGGGUGAGAUCACAAAGUGCGCGAACAACGCGUAGUGAGUGUGGUACACGGUACGCAAGGCUCCGACAAAGUGAGACUAUUAGAGAAGAACGCAAGAAAAAGGCAAGUCAAGCGUUUGAUGCCUGGCUGGCCAAGAAGGCUACAUCUUCGGAUGCAACCAAGCAGACGACACAAGAAUCCGAGAAUGAGGAUGAUGAUACUUCUAAACAAAUAACGAGAGACCAAAUGUUUCAGAAGUGGUUGGCAAAGAAAAAAGAGGACUUUAGGAAAGCAUCUAAGAAGUCUAAAGAUAUUGAUGAUAGGGGAAUGAACAGACGACCAAGAUUUAAAGCGGGGUAUCGUGAUAUUUUCAAAAUUGGCAAUACCCAAGAUGCCCAUAUUGAAACACCGCCAAUUGAUCACAAUGAGAAUUCAGCGGCGUUCUCACAAUGGCUUCAAAAGAAAUCCAAGGAUGGUUGGUUUCAAAAUACAAAUUCUUACAUUGAAAACGAAAAUGAUAAGACAUUACAAAAAGGCGUCAAGGCUAAAAAUGAGAAGCUUUGUGUGAGUGCAAUAAGUCAUUCUGAAUGGCUCGAAGCCAAAUAUGAACAGAUUAAAAUUGAAAAGAAACGCUUGAAAAAUCAAGAGGUGAAUGCGAAACAAGUCAGCGCGAGAGGCAAAACUUAUCAAAAUUGGGUAAAUGAUGUCAGUCAGAGAGAAAGAGAAAGAAAAGAGAAAGAGGAAGAACGUAAGCAAAGGGAAGCAACUCUGAAGGCUCUGGAUGAAUCUUGGAGAAAAAGUAAACGCGGUUCAAAAUCUUAUGAAGAUUGGUACCAGGAAAAGUACCAAGAUUCAAUCAUCGAUAGAAUGUCAGACGCCAAUAGCUCUAUUAGCGGAGAUAGUCCGAGAGAUACCGAACAAUACCGAAUGCAAGUUGAAGAUAGCUUUCAGAGAUGGAGUGAAAAAAAGGAUUCUGAUGCAAUUUUGAAAGAAAGAAAACUGUUGAAACACGAAGUUUCAUUGUUGAAAAAGGUUAAGAAAAAGUAUCGAAAAAAAGAAUACGAAGAUGCCACCGAGUAAGUUUAAGUUCAGGUUUUGAUUAAUUGCAAUCGAAUAUUGGAAUAUGGCUCAUUGUGUAUGCAGAAAAUUAAUUGUAAUCAAAAAAUGUGGCACAUUGUUUAUGAUUCUGCAUUUAUAAUUGUAUACUGCUAUAUAUGUGAAUAAAUUG